AUGACUGCUACAGAAGAUCCGAUCAAGAUUACCACUAAGGAACAGGCACAGGAGUUCUUAGACAGCUUCGAUACAUUUUUGUUUGACUGUGAUGGUGUUCUGUGGUUGGGAACCCACUUAUUGCCAAACACCAAGGAGAUCUUAAAGAUGCUCGAGGAUGCUGGCAAAAACUUAGUCUUUGUUACCAAUAACUCUACAAAGUCCAGGAAACAAUAUACCAAGAAGUUUGCUGGUUUUGGUAUUGAAGUAUCCGAGGAAGAAAUAUUCACCUCUGGUUAUGCUGCUGCUGUCUAUGUGAGAGAUUUCUUGAACUUGCAACCUGGCAAGGAUAAGAUUUGGGUUUUCGGUGAAUCUGGUAUUGGUGGUGAGUUGACUGAAAUGGGCUUUGAAUAUUUGGGUGGUGAAGAUGCAAGACUUAAUGAACCCUUUGACGCCUCUACUUCCCCGUUCCUAGUAGAUGGUCUUGACAAAGAUGUCAAAUGUGUUAUUGCUGGUUUGGAUACAAAAGUUAACUAUCAUCGUCUAGCUGUAAGUUUGCAAUAUCUACAACAGGAAAAUGUGGAAUUUGUUGGUACCAAUUGUGAUUCAACUUUCCCCCAAAAGGGUCAUAUUUUGCCAGGUGCAGGUUCCAUGGUCGAAUCAUUAGCAACCUCAUCUGGUAGAAAGCCAGCAUAUUGUGGCAAGCCUAACAUGAAUAUGUUAAAUUCCAUUGUGUCAGCUAAAAAGAUCAAUAAGGACAGGUGCUGUAUGGUCGGAGAUCGUUUGAAUACUGAUAUGAAGUUUGGUGCCGAUGGUAAACUUGGAGGAACUCUGCUAGUUCUAAGUGGUAUUGAAACUGAAGAAAGAGCUUUUGAAAUAUCUCCCGAUCAUCCAAGACCAAGGUAUUAUAUCGAAAAACUUGGUGAUAUUUAUGAACUACUUAAAAACUAA